AUGAUUCUACCGGGAGAAACAUACCCAGCUAUUGAUAUAUUCAAAUUAAUUAAAUUUCUUAUAUAUAAGGCAGAAAACAAACAAAUUUCUAUUGGCGACUUUGUGAUUAUUGAUGUGAACGAUAAACCUGAAUAUGACAAAGAACAUAUAAUUUCUGCCCAACAUUAUGAUCGUCGUUUAUUAUCUCGCAAUCAUUUUGAUACGGACACUAUUGCUCAAGGAAGGAAUGGCGGUAAAGCUCUAAUCAUUUAUGGAAUAGGAUCAGGGAGCACUACUGCUGCUUUAAUUCAAAGAGGGUAUAAUGCUAUCCAACUUCAAGGAUCUACGUCGCUGUUCAAAGAGGUUCUACCAAAUGGGUUUCUGUUUCCUCGACACGAGCAUUUUGAUGUUCAAGCUUUGAAAUCUGUGUUGGAGAAAAAGAGAAAUGAGCCACGAGGGGAACGUUUGUGGCGAAGUACAUCAGCAACCAGGUUGAAAAGUUCUCAAGACCAAUCUCGAAUAAGACAAUCUACUCCUAAGCCCGUUCGUAUACCUUGGCGUUAA